GGGAAAGGGAAGGAGGGGAUGAUUCUGGGGUCCCAGAACUGAGUGGAGCUGAGACGGGUGCUGUAGCUGGUGGGAGGAAGUCCUGGAGGCCAUGGACACUCAACCACUGGGAUCACCGAGAUGAGCAGCAGCUGCUCAGGGCUGAGCAGGGUCCUGGUGGCCGUGGCUAUAGCCCUGGUGUCCACCUCCUCCCCCUGCCCCCAGGCCUGGGGCCCCCCAGGGGUCCAGUAUGGGCAGCCUGGCAGGUCCAUGACACUGUGUUGCCCUGGAGUGACUUCUGGGGCCCCGGUGUCCUGGUUUCGGGAUGGGGAGACAAGGCUGCUCCAAGGACCUGACUCUGGGCUAGGGCAUGAACUGGUCUUGGCCCGGGCAGACAGCACUGAUGAAGGCACCUACAUCUGCCGGACCCUGGAUGGUGCACUUAAGGGCAUUGUGACCCUACAGCUGGGCUACCCCCCAGCCCGCCCUGUUGUCUCCUGCCAAGCAGCUGACUAUGAGAACUUCUCCUGCACUUGGAGCCCCAGUCAGGUCAGCGGUUUACCCACCCGCUACCUCACCUCCUACAGGAAGAAGACAGUACCAGGAGCUGAUGGCCAGAGGAUGAGUCCAUCCACAGGGCCCUGGCCAUGCCCACAGGAUCCCCCAGGGGCUUCCCGCUGUGUAGUCCAUGGGGCAGAAUUCUGGAGCCAGUACCGAAUCAAUGUGACUGAGGUGAACCCCCUAGGGGCCAGUACACGCCUGCUGGAUGUGAGCUUGCAGAGCAUCUUGCGCCCUGACCCACCUCAGGGGCUUCGAGUAGAGUCGGUACCUGGCUACCCCCGCCGCCUGCGUGCCAGCUGGACAUACCCGGCCUCCUGGCCCCGCCAGCCCCACUUUCUGCUCAAGUUCCGACUGCAGUACCGUCCAGCGCAGCAUCCAGCCUGGUCCACGGUGGAGCCAGCUGGAUUGGAGGAAGUGAUUACGGAUGCUGUGGCUGGGCUUCCCCAUGCUGUACGAGUCAGUGCCCGGGACUUUCUGGAUGCUGGCACCUGGAGUGCCUGGAGCCCCGAGGCCUGGGGGACUCCAAGCAUUGGGCCCCUGCCAAAGGAGAUACCAGCUGGGGGCCAGCCACACAAGCAGCUGGAGGAGGAGCUUCAGGCAGACUGCCCUGCUUCCCCCAGGCCCUCCCUCUUGCCAGAUCCACGGCCACUUGACCACAGGGACCCCCUGGAGCAGGUAGCAGUGCUGGCAUCUUUGGGAAUAUUCUCUUUCCUGGGACUGGCGGCUGGGGCCCUGGCACUGGGGCUCUGGCUGAGACUGAGACCAGAUGGUAAGGAUGGACCCCAAAAGCCUGGGUUCUUGGCUCCAGUGAUGCCAGUGGACAAACUUCCAGAUCUCCAUCAGCUGGCUGUCUGCCAUAUACUUUGUGGUCUUUUCUGGACCAAUCGGUCCGGACACCUGGGAAGGCAAGUAAUGAGUUCUUUUGGGGGAGACCAAGAAAUCAGUAUGCUGAGAAGAGGAGAGGUGCUGUGCAGGGGCCAUGGAAGAUGGAUAGAGAUGGACAAAUGGGUAGAAUUUUGGGGAGCAGCAAAUGUGUGGCUUGCAGGAAUCCUUCUGCUUUGCGUGGAGCCUGUGUGAGACUGUGAGACUGGGUGGAAGAGAGUGAGUGGAAGAGUGAGAGUGAAGGUAAGGGAAUCCACGGUGGUCCCGUGAUGUGUGCGUGAGCCUGUGUGAGAAUAGUUAUCUCUGGUUUAUGGCCUCCUGAAGCUUUCUUUUUUUACAUCCAGAAAUUUUUUCCUUUCUGUUGUGUAAUAAAGAAUUUUGACUGCU